AUGGUGCUGCUGGGCACAGCGGCAGUGCGGGGCGGCGGGGCGGUGUUGCCCCGCGGCUUCUGGGCGGCGGUGCGCGUGUGGCUGGAGAAGCCGCAGGUGGCCAACAGGCGGCUGUGCGGCGCCGCCAUCGAGGCGGAGGGCGUGGUGUUUUUCUUGGAGGAUGGAGAUACGUCUCCCCAUCUCCGGAGCGGCGAGGAGCCGGUGGGGGCUGUGGAGCUGGGCCGGCUCUGGAGGGAGCUGCGCGGGGAGCUGUUGCCUUUCCUUGCGGCCGGGCCAGGUCGGGAGCUGCGUGCUGUGCUGAGGGUUCUGCUGCCCCGGGCGCGGCCCGCGGGGCUUCUCGCCCUGCCGGUGAAGGAGCUGGUGGUGCAAGAUGUUUGCAAUGGAACUGCAACCUUUCUGCCUUUGGAGGAAAACAGCGAAGGAAAAUACCAAAUUAAAAAGUGCAAUAUAUAUCAAAUUCAAUUUACACACAUAAGAGAUGAGGAAUGGUCUGUGUCUAUUAUAGCUCCAUCGUCAAAAGAUUGGUUUUCAGAUGGGAUAACAUACCCCAAACUAUCAUGGCUUGGAGAUGUACUUUUGUCCAAACUGGCUAAGUGGUCUGUGGAGCAAAAAUGCAGUGAGUUCAGAAGUACGCUGUCACUCAUUCCUGUAGCAAAAUACAGCAAGGUUUAUCAAGACCUUAAAGAAAAAUACAAGGAAAUGGUAAAGGUAUGGCCUGAAGUGACGGAUCCUGAGAAGUUUGUUUAUGAAGAUGUUGCCAUUGCCACUUAUUUGCUGGUUCUCUGGGAAGAAGAGAGAAAGGAAAAAGGAUUUGCCAAGAAACAGUCAUUUGUAGAUCUGGGAUGUGGAAAUGGUCUACUGGUGCAUAUUCUUAGCAAUGAAGGGCACUUAGGUCGAGGAAUUGACGUGAGGAGAAGAAAAAUAUGGGACAUGUAUGGACCAGAAACUCAUUUAGAGGAAUCUUCUAUCGUGCCAGGUGACAGUCAUCUCUUUCCAGAUACUGACUGGCUGAUAGGAAACCAUUCAGAUGAAUUAACACCAUGGAUACCUGUAAUUGCUGCCAGGUCUUCCUAUUUGUGUAGGUACUUUGUGCUGCCAUGUUGCUUCUUUGAUUUCCAUGGAAAAUACAGCCGAAGACAAAGCAAGAAGACUCAGUACAGAGAAUAUCUUGAUUUUGUUGCUGAAGUGGGACGUGUCUGUGGUUUUCAUGUGGAAGAAGAUUGCCUUAGAAUUCCAUCAACAAAAAGGGUGUGCCUUAUUGGAAAAAACAGGAUCUAUCCACUUAAAGAACAUUCUUUGAUGGGUGAGAAGAUAAAGCAGUUUAUUUGUAAUCGUCAGACCUGUGCUGUGGUUGCACGUGACAAAGAAGAUGGGUUUAAUCAUAACGAUCACUCUGUGUGCAGAGGAGCAAGCUCAGAACUCCCUGAAAAUGUGAUGGAGACUGCUAGUGGAAUUUGGAUGCCUGGAUUUCAACCCAGAGAAAAAAUAGAACAAACCAGAAAUUGUGCUGCCCUCCCUCGGGAUUUUGUAGAUGGUGUUGUUCUGAAUGUGGCAAACUUGCUGUUAAAUGCUGUCCCUGCAGGAUCAUGUUCUAAUACGCGUGGUAGAAAUAACAAUACCUGGAAUCAAGGAGAAAGCCUUUCCUUGAAAGAAGUAGCAGAACAUUUAAAUAAGGAGACUUUAAAGAGACUGAAAAGUGAAUAUGGAGGCCUGCAAACACUGCUCAAGAACAAUCAUCAAGUAUUUGAAGUGCUAGAUGGGAGAGUUCAUAUUCGUGACUGGAGGAAAGAGAAGCCAUCAAGGAAAACUAAGCCUGAAGUAAAACGAUGCCUUUCAGCUGAAGCAUUUAAAACACGUCUCUGUUGGUUUUUCAUUCAUCAUCCUGACGGUUGUUCUUUGCCUUCUGAAUCUUGUCCAUAUGCUCAUGGGACUGAGGAGCUAAGACAGUCUGAGACUAUUAAAAAGAAAAAACAAAUACAAUGAUAAAAUGCUGCCACUUAUGUUGAAGCUUGUGUACAGGAGUGUAUUUGACUGACUUUGGGACUGAUUAGUGCAUGAGAACCUGCAAAAUUUGGAGGUUUCUCUUCUUGUUCCAAUCUAUUUUAUUCUUCUAGUUAGUUUGCAAGUUCUCCUAUAUUUUAGUUUCUGUAACAUUUAUAUGAAAAGAUUAUAGUAAAAUGUC